GAGAGUUUGGAGAAAUCUGCCGGGGCUGCCUGAAGCUGCCCAGCAAGCGAGAGCUGCCGGUGGCAAUCCAGACCCUGCGGGCAGGGUGCUCGGAGAAGCAGCAGCGCUCCUUCCUGGCGGAGGCCUGCACCAUGGGCCAGUUCGAUCACUCCAAUGUCAUCCGCCUGGAGGGGGUCAUCACCAGAGGGAGUACCAUGAUGAUAGUGAUGGAGUACAUGGGGAACGGUGUGCUGGACUCUUUUCUCAGGAAACAUGAGGGACAGUUCACGGCCACCCAGCUCGUUUGCAUGUUGCAGGGGAUUGCCUCUGGCAUGAAGUACCUGGCAGAGAUGGGUUACAUACAUAAAAGCCUUGCUGCCCACAAAGUCCUUGUGAACAGCAGCCUGGCUUGCAAAAUAACUGGUUUCAGACGGCCACAAGAAGAUAAGAUGGAGACCAUCUUCUCCACCAUGUGCGGGAAGAGCCUGGUGCUGUGGUCAGCCCCUGAAGCCAUCCAGUAUCACCACUUCAGUCCAGCCAGCGAUGUGUGGAGCUUUGGCAUCGUCAUGUGGGAAGUCAUGUCCUACGGCGAGAGACCCUACUGGGACAUGUCCCACCAGGACGUGAUGAAGGCCGUGGAGGACGGGUUCCGCCUGCCUGCCCCGGUGAACUGCCAGCCACCCCUCCACCAGCUCAUGCUUGACUGCUGGCAGAAGGACCGCAGCCAGAGACCCAAGUUCUCGCACAUCCACAACAUCCUGAGCAAGAUGGUGCAGAGCCUGGAGCCCCCGAAGUGCCCCAGCUCCACGUGCACCAGCACUUCCAUCCCCCUCACCGAGCGUACCUUCUCAGCCUUCCCGUCUUUCAGCUCCGUGGGCGAGUGGCUGGAAGCGAUAGAAAUGGGCAGGUACAAAGACAACUUCACCGCUGCAGGCUACUGCUACCUGGAAUCGGUGGCCAGGAUGACAGCCCAAGAUGUCCUUAGCCUGGGGAUUACGCUGGUGGAGCACCAGAAGACCAUCCUGAGUGGAAUCCAGACUCUCCGGGCCCAGGUGAUCCAAAUGCAUGGCCGAGGCGUGCAGGUGUGA